UGCCUACAUCACGGCUACAGUGAUGACGUAUUUUAAAGCUGCGCGCGCAAGGCCCCCCACAGAGACGCCUCUGGGCUGGGUGCACUUACGCAAAGUUUAAUUUUGCGCGCGCAUUGCAAACCGUAGUUCAGGAAACAACCGAGAAAUAAGAUAGUCCGGAUAAGUAAAUAAAAAAACAAAGCUUUGGCAGAAAGCACAUAUCCCAGGAGCACUGGGUGUUAAAAAUGACAAAACGGGAGGCCUUUUUACAAGCUGUCAGCAAAGAAUAUGUGGAGGAGUUUUUGAACUUUGUAAAGCUCAGUAAGGACCGUUCAGACCCAUUUGAUUUGGAUGAGCUGCUUCAAGAGUUUCCCAAAAAGCAGAAAGAGGAAUUAUGGGAGAAUCUGGGGAAGCUCUUGACAGAUGUUUUACUGGAGUUUCCCAUGGAGAAGUGGAACUGUGAGAUUGAUGAAGACAGUGCUGAUGAAAUGGAAGUGGAGGGCUCAGCCGACUUGAAACAAACUAUGUCAGUGAUUGAAGGUGUGAUUAUGGUAGCUUGUGCUUCUAUUCGUGUAAUUGAUGAGGAUGUGACCUAUGGGGCCCUGCUAGAAUGUGCCAUUAUAUUAAAUGGUAUUUUAGAUGCUUUGCCUAAAUCUCAGUUGUUUUUGCAAAUUUCAAUCCAGCGACUGUGUGAGUCUUGGUGGGAAAAGGGACUGGAAGGAAAAGAAGAACUUGGAAAAACUGCAUUUCUUAUGCUUUUGGAAAAAAGUCUUUUACUUAAGAAUUCGGCUGCAGACAUACAGCGACUGUGGAACCUCCACCAGGCAUUGCUCAGCUUUGACUAUGACUCUGAAGACAGCAGUGAAGUAAAGGACAUGCUGCUUCAAUGCUUUCUGAGUGUGAACCAUAUCAAAAGGGAAGAGGGAAGAAGGUUUCUGAGUUUCCUCUUCACCUGGAAUGUGAGCUUUAUAAAGAUGAUUCAUGGAACUCUUAGAAACCAACUUCAGUUUUUUCCAAAAUCCAUUACAGUCCAUGUUGCAGAACUUUACUUCAGAGCAUGGACAAAAGCAUCUGGAGUCUUUUUACAGGAAAUUGAAAAUGGCUGCAUCCAAGAUUUAAUGCACCAUGGAGUUCAUCUGCAUAGGAAUUCCCCUGUUCAUUCCAAAGUGAGACAGAUUCUGAGUUACUUCCACAAACAGAAGCAUCGCCAAGGAGUAGAAGAAAUGCUAUACAGAUUAUACCAGCCUAUUCUAUGGCGGGGGCUGAAGGCCAGGAAUUCUGAAGUCCGUGCAAAUGCUGCUUUGUUGUUCACUGAAGCAUUCCCUGUUCGAGAUCCGAGCUUCGAUAAUGAGGUCAUGGACAGUGAAAUCCAGAGACAGUUCGAAGUGCUUUUUAGUCUUCUUGAAGACCCUCAGCCUCUAGUUCGUUCGACAGGGGUACUUGGUGUAUGCAGAAUAGCUACCAAGUACUGGGACAUGAUCCCCCCCACCAUCCUUACAGACUUCCUUAAAAAGCUGAUUGACCUGGCUUCUGACGUAAGCUCUGCUGAUGUCCGCUGUUCUGUCUUUAAGUGCAUGGCAAUGGUCACGGAAAACAAGCUAAGCCACCCAUUGCUUGAGCAGCUCUUGCCAGCUCUGAAAAACAGCCUUCAUGACAAUUCAGAGAAGGUGCGCGUGGCCUUUGUGGAUCUCCUACAGAAAAUUAAAGCUGUUAGAGCGGCCAAGUUUUGGAAAGUGUGCCCGAUGGAACAUCUUCUGGCCCGGCUUGAGACUGAUUCCCGGCCAGUCGGCAGGCGGAUUGUGAACCUUCUUUUCAACUCUUUUCUUCCUGUUAACCAAUCAGAAGAAGUUUGGUGUGAACGUUGUGUCACUCUCAUACAGAUGAAUCCCAUGGCAGCAAGAAAGUUCUACCAGUAUGCCCACGAACAUACUGCUCCUACUAAUAUAGCAAAGCUGAUGCUCACAAUUCGCCGAUGCUUAAAUGCUUGUAUUCAGAGAACAGCCAGAGAAGACCAAGAUGAUGUUGAAAACAGUAACAAGGAGAAUACAAGUGUCCUGGAACAUGUUCUGUCCAUUAAUGACACAGCCUCCAUGGCCAGCUUGCUGGAAAUCACGGUCAUUCUUUGGAGAAGUAUCCGCAAAUCACUAGAAAUGAAUAAAGAGGCCCUUGCCUACACAACAAGCAAGUUUGCAUCUGUGCUGCCGGGGUAUUUCCGUGUGUUUAAGGAGGAUCGUUGCAUGGUACCAUUAAUUCUACUAGCUUCCUUUAUGCCUGCUGCAGCUGUCCCUACUUUCAGCUGCGGGGUUGUCUCAAAGCUGAGAAGCUUGGAAAAAGGAGCCACUGAAAACCAGUACUCUUCACUCAUAGACUGCCUUUGCCAGUGGGGUCAAGUUGGACAUGUUCUGGAGGUCAUUACAGACUGGCUAACUGAGGCUAUGCCACUUAAACAGAGCAAAAGGGACUCUGAGCGAAGAGUGCGCAUUCAGGAGGUGGUGGAAGCCAAACCAGACUUGGCCCUUGAUUAUGCUGAAUACAUUAUCACCCACACAAUGAAUCGGGACUGCCUGCUUGCUGUACCACAGAAGAAAUUAAACCAUCUUCUGAAAGCCCUUGGGGCAUUAAAGGAGGUAUUCUACUCGUUUAUAAGUUCACCUGAGACAGGCUCCUGCAAAAUAGACAAAGAAACUGCUCUGAGGGCCUUUUUGCUUUAUGGUCGACUGAGCAUCCAUCUUCAGCAUAAAUAUAACACAGAUGAAAGGACUUACCUCUUACUUCUGGAAAACACUGCUGCGUGGACAAUUGAGAAGGUGCUGCCAUUCUUAAUAAAUCCAAUAUGUGAAGAUGAAGCGUCAGAACAGAAGACUCUGGUUGCAAAACAGGCUGUUGAAGCAUGUCUGACCGUUUGCAAAGAUGUGAUUAUGGUUGGCCUUGCUGACCCAGAGUUUCAAGGACAGAUUCUACAGUUUUCCCUGUCUGUGCUGCAAGCGGAGAGGGGAUACAUGUGUCUGCCGUUGCUUCUCUCUGUCCUCAAGGAGAUUACUGAGAACUGCCUGGCCCUGACUGUUCAAAACCAAAACGAGGACCUGCUGGUUCUCCUUAACAUCGCCCAGAAUGUCUUCCAAAAAAUCCUUGAAACAGCUGCGCGCAGACUGAGGAAGCAGCGUGAAGAGGCCUUGCAGUUGCUUCAUUCUGCUCACGUGAUGCUUGCAGAUUUCAUUAAUGUCGUUCAGGACUGGCAUGCUGCUAAUGUCUUGGUACUUCAUGGUGUGUUCUCAACCAUUCUUGCUGCAGUACUUGUGGAAUUAAGCCAUUACUUGCAGAAGGUUUCGCAUGCGGAGGAGCUAACCCCCCCUGAGACAGUUCAAGACCUGCCUCCACUUUCAAGCACAUUACUUGCAAUUAUUAUGAAAUCUCCAAGUCUGAGCAGGUCAUUUCUUGGCGAGUUAAAUGAGUCUGUUGAUUCUGAAGCAGUGGAAGGCGUCGUUGGAUUGACUGCAGUCCUAUGCAUCUUAACAGUGGUCAGACAGGGUAAAUGUAAAGGAUCUGAUAUUAAGAGUUCUGCAGCCUCCGUUCAUAUCAAACUGCAAAAGUAUUAUGAAGUUGUGGCUGAAGCAAGUGAUAGCAUUGAGAGAGCAAUAUAUGAAUCGGCUCUUAAGAUUGGAAAUGACAUCUUGCAGCCGUGAUGUGAUUUGUGUACAAUGCGUUUUGGAUUUAUGUUUAAGAAAAUGUUUCAUGUAUGUAAUCCGAAAACAACAAAAUAGAUUUUACUAUGAAAUAAGCAUUGUUCUGCAUGGUUGAUAUGUAAUGAUUAAAGGAAUAAUGCUAAUUUAUAUAUAUAAAAAUACGUGUGUGUGUGUGUGUGUGU